ACUAUGCCCAAAUCACAGCGUACUAAUGGCGAAUUUCCCCUAAUUUUUACUCGGAUACUCCCGUCAUCAUCUCAACUGAAGUUGUCGCCUGAGAGUUGCGUGCACCGGACUUCAGUAGGUGGUGCUUAUAUGGGCGUGGAGGCGUGGACGUCGUUCACGUCGUUGGCAAUUUUCACGCGAACGUUUCGUUAGAGAAACGUGAGAGUUGAAGUUGAGCGCCCGCUCGAACCUUAUUCAUGGUUCGUACGACUCGCCUACUGAGCUCGUCCGAGCUUAGUCGCAUUAUUUUCACGUAUCAUUAUCGGAGUCGGAGCCCCAGAUAUUUCGCCGGAACUUCUCAAUUCCUAAGCAAUCACACCAGAACAAGACAUAAUCAAGACUCGACCUGUCCUAACCAGCAAUUAAAGUCCCUUGGGUUCGCUACUGGUCACCGGGAAAUUCUACGAUUCAAAAGGACAAUGGAAACCCGGGCAACACCUUUGCCGGAAUUUGCUGCAUCUGUCCCUAAGGACUCAGUGCACGUUCAAAACCCUAACCUUCCAGAGAUCCCCGUGGACCAAUCCGGACAAAACUCUAGCGCAGACAUCUUCGAAAAUCCCAAAAGUUCAUCUCAAACAGUUGCUAUGGUUGAUGCUAUUGGGCUCGGUAAUGCUUCUGCAGUUACUGAAUCCGAAUGUUCUGAAGUUCUUGUAACAGAGACAGAACGGAGGAAGGCUCUUCCUGAAGAGUUUUCGAAAGAUGUGGUGUAUUUGCAGUGUGAAUCGUCUGCCGAAGGUGGUUCCUGCGAUGUUUACUUAGUCGGCACUGCCCAUGUUUCCAUGGAGUCUUGUAAACAAGUUCAAGCAGUCAUCAGUUACUUGAAACCCCAGGUGGUUUUCUUGGAGUUAUGCUCUAACCGGGUGUCUGUACUCACCCGCACCCCUCAAAAUGUAAAGGUACCAACCAUGAAAGAAAUGGUCGAUAUGUUGAAGAAAAAGAAAAUGAAUAGUUUUGGAAUUCUUUAUGGUUGGUUUCUUGCCAAGGUUGCAAAUAAGCUUGAGGUUUUUCCUGGAGCUGAGUUUCGUGUAGCAUUUGAAGAAGCAAGGAAGUAUGGUGGAAAGGUGAUAUUGGGUGAUCGUCCAGUCAAUAUUACCUUGCGAAGGACAUGGGAAAAGAUGACACUUUGGCACAAAGUAAAGUUUCUAUGCUGCGCGUUUUUCCAAACAAUUUUUCUACCAAGUUCUGAGGAUCUCAAUAAAAAGCUGAAGGAAAUGGAUGAUGUGGACAUGUUAACUCUUAUGGUUCAAGAGAUGAGCAAGGCAUUUCCCACUUUGAUGGAGACCCUCCUUUAUGAACGAGAUCUGUACAUGUCAUCCACAUUGCUUCGAGUUGCCAGUAAACAUACUUCUGUUGUUGCAGUUGUUGGAAAGGGGCACCUACAAGGAAUUAAGAAGCACUGGAAACAACCUGUGAAAAUAAAGGAUCUGCUAGAAAUCCCUGAACAAAAGCCUGCUGUCUCUGCAGUGAAGAUCCUCACAUCUCUUGGCACUGCAGUCACGGGGGUAGCUAUAAUUUACGGUGUAUAUAUUGCGGGAAAGAGGAUGAUAACCACCAGACUGGAACUUAAAAAGAGUAGCCAAAUUCUGAAACGACAGAAAGGCAUAUGCAAAUAUCUGAGACUCAUAACUUACGGGAUGAUUCUUAUGGUGGUGGAAGAUGUAAAACUCCAAUGAUCACACAAAGCUAAUUUCAGUUUGCUUAUGUUCAAAUAACCAACAUUUCAAGUAAUUGUUUGCUGUAAUUUGUAAGGGCCCGACCUUAUUAAUAAAUGGAAUACCUCUAUGCUUGUGGAUGAUGAGGAACUGAACCAAUCCAACAAAAUUCCAAUUUCUUUGAUUA